AUUUGAUGAUUCGAUUUGAACAUUUCGAACAAUUUUUUUUCGAACAUAAUCGAUAAAACCAUCCGAUACUACUCGUUCAUCAGUUUCACAAAUAUUCGAUUUGAUUGUCCACUAUUUCAACUCGUUCAUCAUCGAUAAUAUACGGAACAACGAACAUUUGGAUCAUCAUCAUGAUGAAUCAAAUUUCAUCACCCAACAUCAACAGCGGCAGACAGUGAACGUCAAUGAUCUUAUCAAUGAUAUUUUUUGUUUGUUUGUUUUUUUAUUGAUGUAAUUUGAUUCGAUUCCACUGUUUGGCAUCAAAUUUCAUAAACAUCUGUAAAUGUAAAUUUAAUUAAUCCAUCAGCAUCCGCUGGUUUGUUUUCGUUUUUCUGGUAAUUCUGGGUCACAAAAACAACGAAAAUGAAAAUCGAUAGCAAUAAUUUAAAUGAAAUUUUGGCCGAAUUGGCACCAAUGAAAGAGUUAAAAUUUUGGCAUAAUUUUAUUGCUAAUCUGAUGGGUGUAUCGACAACAACAUCAUCAUCAUCGGAUCUGAUUACAAAUAAUGAUAAUAAUCUUCAAGAAUUUCCACCCGCAUCAGUUUGGUUGAAUGAACGAAGGCCGGUAAAACAAAAAGCUAUACGAAUAUCAUCACCAUUACCAAAUACGAAAAAAGAAUCACAAUCGACAACAAUCAAGCCAACAAUACCACCAAAACCUAAAUUCAUUCAAACAUCAUUGAAUAACACUUCUACUACAACAAAACCGAAUCUAUUUCAAUAUCAGUAUUUACCGCCACCACGUGUACGGAUAAAAUUUGGACGUAAAAUAACUAGUAAACGAACUUGGAUUCCACCACCACCUCCGCUAUUACAACGUAUUGAAAUUCAACAACCAAAACAACAAGAAAAAGAAUCAUUUUCCUUACAACCACCAUUAUAUUCAACAAUAUUUUUACCAACAAAUAAUCAACAAUUUCUUCAUUUUAAUCAUCAACAAUAUUUUCAGCCAAUUAAUAAUCCAAAUCACCAAUCAAUUGAUAAUCAUUGGUGGUUAUAUGAUCAAAACCCUGAAUCAAUUAUGAGUGCCGAACAACAAGAUCCAGAUACAUUAACACCAACAGUAACAACAGCUACUGAAAUAUCAACAGAAACUAUUACACCAAACGAUGAUCAAGAUGAUAAUUUAAAUAUUGAUGCGGAUAAAUCAAAUUCCGGCGGUGGUGAUAAUGUUGAUGUUGAUGGUAAAUCUGCAGUGGAAAUUGAAUGCAAAUCAUUCAUCGAUAACGAACAACAACCAAAAUGUGAAUCAAAAUCAACAGAAACGACACAAACAACAGAUAAUAAUAAUAAUAAACCACCAUUACAACGUAGCCUUUCGGAAUCGAAUGCCGAGGCAACACCGAAAUUGGAUGAAAAUAAUUUUUCAUUACAAAAAUCAUCAAGUCGACCGAUAUUUACAUCAUCAUCAUUUUAUGAUCCUGAACAGCAUCCAACAUUGGAAGAACAGGUAAAAUUAUGUCGUGAAAUAGCCAAACAAUUAGUAUCGGAUAAAUGUGAUAAUAAUCAAAAUAAAGGACGAAAAAUGUUUGAAAAACGUGUUGAAAAAUCAAUCGAAUGGAUAACCGAAAAUGAAGAUUCAUUUCAAAAUUAUAUUGCUAAUCAAGAUGAUCAUGAUUUUCAUGAACGGACAAUAACGGAUGGUCCAGUUAAUCUACGUCUUGUAUUGGAUCCAAGACAUGUCGAUGACAUCAACACCGUACAAGGCGUUAACGAACACAUAAUCAUUACACAGGAAACAAAUGCACGUGAUACUUGUAAAAAUAUUGUCAAUGAUUUGACAUCACCUGAAGUGAAUCCAACACGUGGUAAAGCAUUAUUUACAAAACGUGCACAAAAAUCUGAACAAUGGAUUGUUGAUAACAAUAAUAAUAAUGAUGGAAAUUUAACCGAUACAAUAAUCGAUGCUGCACGUGAUAAAUUAUUCCGUAAUGUUAAACAACAACAACAUCAACCAGCAUUUUAUGGUUAUGGCAGUGGUUUUCAACAACAACGAUCAUCACCACCACAGCAACAACAAUAUUGGACAUCAACAUGGCAACAACAACAACAACAAUGGUCAACACAAUCAUCACCGAUACCGAUGCAAUCAUUUACAAAAUUACAGAUUCCUGGUCCAAUAUUUGCACCGCUAUCAUCUGCAGCAACAACACCAUUAUCAUUAUCACGUCCAUCAAGUUCAUUAUCAUUACGUUUACAACAAUUUCGUGAUUUUAACGCUCGUCCUAAACCAUUUUGUCGUGCAUAUUGAUUUUUUUUUGUAUGGUGGUGGCGCCUUGAAAAUCGGUACAGUUUGAUUGAUCACAGAAUUGGAAAUUGCAAUCAAAAUUCUUGUGCCUGAAAAAAAUUUCUUGUCGUUAUUGUUCUACCUUGUGUCCUUCAUCUUGAUUUCUCGAUUUCCCAAUUCAAGAUUCUGUU